CACCCGAUCGCUCGCCGAAUAAUCUGCUUGACGAAUUCUGAAAUUAGCGAUCAGUUGGCUCUUGUUACUUGAACAGAUAUUUACUCUGGCGAAGAUGGUAGUAUUGCUGUUCCGCUUCGCCCUAUUCAGUGGCAUUUCAAUUGCUCUAAGUUCACCGAUAACCGAGUUUAGAGACAAUCUCUGUCUCAAUGGAUCACGCAAUGAAUUGGGAGAGUGCAUUUGUAAUGCAGGUUACGCUUUGUAUCGCGGAAACUGUUUUCUAAAAGAGACUACUACAAGGAUCGAAUCGCAUGUUCGACCAAGGGCCAACAAUUUGUGCCCUCCCGGAUUUAAUCUAUCUCACGGUCGCUGCAUCCCAACUACUUGUGCAGGGACGUUGUGCGGUAGUUCAUGUCCGCCUGGUUAUGAGCUGAGGAAAGGGUUUUGUGAGAUGUCAACCCCUCAAUGCCCUCCAGGCAUGGUCUUCCAAAAAGGUCUUUGCUACUAUGGACCACUUCCACCAAUAUCCGCCACUGUUCCACCAUUGCAGAGAAUACAAGUUGUGCCACCGAUGAAAAUUGAUAUACCAGUUCCGGAGUACAUAGACCCAUUGGAUCCGAAUGAAGUAGAUCAGGAUAUAAACGAUAAAACCACCGAAAUCAUACCGGAACGGAAGCCUCAAAACGGUUCACAACCAGUGAAAAAUAUAGUAAACAAUGUGAACACUGUGAAUGCACCAACUAAUGUUAGCACGCACAAUGUAAAUAAUGUUUAUAUUCAUAUCACGCGUACCAAGGCAGAUGGCGUGGUGAAGGCCGUGGUGAUAAGAAACAAUGAGACGACUGUUUACGACGAACAACCGUCGACGGAACAACCGGUCAUAGAUAUAACCGAUCAGUCGCGGCCACCGUGUUGCGUGAUUGUGUCACCAAGAAUAUGCCGCAAGCAGCAACACGACGAGUGGGUUUGUUUCCACAGGAAACAUUACCGUUGUGGCAACUUUUGCACGUCGGACAUCAUGUACCUUAAACCUCAAAGACCGUCAAUGAAAGACUCGGUACUAGUGAUGCCGCCAACGUCUGAGUAUUCGCCACUAAUGCGAUACGGAGUCUGUAGAUGGGGGGUUUGUCCCCCACUUGAUUGUUCUGGUUGCCUACAAGGAAAGUAUCGUUGCCACUAUCGGUGUUAUACAUACGAUUGUCCUCCGAAUGGCGGCUGUAAUUUUCUUAACCAGGACGAGUUCUGCGAUGGGAACGAAGAUGAGAUAUGUACGGCUGAAGAUUAGCUGUUCAAUUAUAUAAAUAUUAACGAUAGCGUGCAAAGAUUGUUUUCAAGUAGUGAAAUACAUAUAUGCCUUAGUGAACC